CUUUCCGAUUCGCUCUUCCGGGUACGUCACCCGGGGGAGGGCUUUCUCGGUGACACCAGCGGAACUUGCUAUGGAAAUGAGGAGGUGACCCGAGACUUGAUGUGUGAGUGGCAAGGGGGACCUGAAGGGGUAAAGAAACGUUAAUGUGGCCUCUUCAAAGGAAGAAAAGCCUCCUGUAACAUCUGAAGCCAUGUCAGACCAGAACUACCAACAUUUAGAAGAAAACUCCUCGGGAGAUCAAAGUCCCAAGGCAGACAUAUGUGAUGGAAGUAUCGAACCAGUGGUCGAGGGCGAGCCAUUCACCAGCUAUUUUGAUGAAAAGAUCCCAAUCCCAGAGGAUGAAAGGCACUCCCUGUUCAGUUUCCGUAAGCUCUGGGCCUUCACGGGACCGGGCUUCCUGAUGAGCAUUGCCUAUCUGGACCCAGGGAACAUUGAAUCGGAUUUGCAGUCUGGUUCUGUUGCUGGAUUUAAGUUGUUAUGGGUUCUCUUGGCCGCCACCAUCAUUGGUCUACUUCUGCAACGUCUGGCAGCUCGUCUAGGUGUAGUGACUGGGCUUCACUUGGCUGAAGUGUGUAACAGGCAGUAUCCAAAGGUACCCCGCAUUAUCCUAUGGCUUAUGGUGGAGAUAGCCAUCAUUGGAUCUGAUAUGCAAGAAGUCAUUGGCUCAGCCAUUGCCAUUAAUCUCCUGUCUAUGGGAAUAAUUCCCUUAUGGGGAGGAGUGUUGAUUACAAUCGUAGACACCUUUUUCUUCCUCUUCUUAGACAAAUACGGUCUCCGUAAACUGGAAGCAUUUUUCGGGUUUCUUAUUACAAUUAUGGCAGUUACGUUUGGCUAUGAGUAUAUCCGAGUUAGCCCAGACCAAGGGCAGCUUCUUAAAGGCAUGUUUUUUCCGUAUUGUGAAGGCUGCGGAACUCCGCAACUCGAGCAAGCUGUCGGGAUUGUAGGAGCUGUGAUCAUGCCACAUAAUAUGUACCUGCAUUCGGCUUUGGUCAAGUCAAGGGAAAUCAAUCGCUCAAACAAGAAGGAAGUCAGGGAAGCCAACAAGUACUUCUUCAUCGAGUCAUCUAUAGCCUUGUUUGUUUCUUUUAUCAUCAAUGUCUUCGUUGUUGCUGUGUUUGCCGAAGCAUUUUAUGGAAAGACUAACAUAGAAGUGUAUAAUGAGUGCCACAACAAGACAGGUCCGCAUCAAAAUUUGUUUCCCAAUAACACCGAUGCCUUGCAAGUGGAUAUAUACAAAGGUGGUGUGGUGCUGGGGUGUUAUUUCGGACCUGCAGCCCUUUACAUAUGGGCCAUUGGUAUUCUUGCAGCAGGGCAAAGUUCAACCAUGACUGGCACUUAUUCGGGUCAGUUUGUAAUGGAGGGUUUUCUUAACCUUAAGUGGUCACGCUUUGCUCGAGUGAUCCUCACUCGAUCGAUUGCAAUCACCCCAACCCUGCUGGUGGCCAUUUUCCAAGAUGUCGAGCACCUUACAGGAAUGAACGAUUUCCUAAAUGUGGUUCAGAGUCUACAGCUUCCGUUUGCUCUGAUCCCGGUCCUGACUUUUACCAGUCUUCGCACUGUAAUGAGCGACUUUGCAAAUGGAUUAGGUUGGAAGAUUGCUGGAGGCAUCCUUAUAUGUAUAGUGUGCUGUAUAAACAUUUACUUCGUGGUGGUCUACGUCUCUUCCCUUGGAAGCGUGGUGCUUUAUGUCGUAGCAGCCAUUUUGUCUGUAGCCUACCUUUGCUUUGUAGCAUACCUGACGUGGCAAUGUUUGGUUGCCUUGGGCGUGUCGUUCCUUGAAUGCGGUCAGACGUGUCAUCUUGGACUGACUUCUUAUCCUGAGCUUUUACUGUUAAACAACAUGGAAAAAGAAGACACGUCGUCCACUCGGUGAUAUUGUGGAUUUAUGGCUCACUUCUCCUUUGGUGCAUGGAAAUCCCAUGAGCAAUGUCUGGGAAUACUAGUAUUAGAACAGUCUUCCAAUUUAUUUUAGACGUGGGGAAAGAAAACUAUGCUUUCUGUGUAUAGUUUUUGGAGGGUUUAAAACAGAAAAACAAUUUACCAUUAUUUUUGACUGUAGAUAUUCAAACGUAAUACGCUUGUAGGCUGGACUUUAUUGAGUUAAAGGUGUAAUAUUUAACAAUGUUUUUAUUUAGGACGGGAUCUAAAGGUCCAAUUUGACUU